AUGCUGAGGCGGCUGAGCGGCUGCAGAAAGGUCGCUUUGCUGCCCAUCCGCUGUAGUUCCAUCGUUCGCAAGCGUCCCUAUGCUUCGGCUGCCGAAGACUCGGCCAAUCCAAGCGGCGCUUCUCUGCCGUCAGUACGCGAUGCCGUCGUUGCGACACUAGCAGGCGUCGCAGUCUUGGCCGUCGGUGGUGUCAUUUACUCGGAGGCAUACAAAUGGAACGUCCUACGUAAGAUUGGUAUCGCCUUUGAAGCUGGGUUUGACCCCAUCUUGGCGCUCAAUGAGCCCAACGCCGACGGAGCAUCGGCAUUCAGGCAGUCCGUCAAACGCCCAGAGCAAGCAUUGGUGGCCGACAUCAUCAACGGGCGUACUAGCCAUCAUUAUUACUUAUUUCUCGGGCCAAAAGGCGCAGGCAAGACGUCCAUGAUCGUCGAAAGCAUGCGUGAAUGCAAGGCGGACGGCGUGGCCGUUUUUGAUGCUCAUCAGGAUCUCAACGUCUUUGCGCUUCGCUUCUGCAAGGCUCUGAACUAUGAGAAUCUCGAGGACAGUAUCAACGGUCUCUUCAAUCGCAGGGAUCCCCGUGAGGCCGGGCCUUUGCUCGACAUCGAACGUGCCCUCAAUAAGCUCGAAAAAGUGGCGAUGAGAUUCAGGCAGCAAAGGGGCAGGCCGCUCGUGUUGGUCAUCAAUAACUUGCAUUAUCUACAUGAUGAUCAAGAAUCCUGGAUGCUGCUUCAUCUAUUCCAACAACGAGCAGAAUCAUGGGCCCAAUCAAACGUCUUGACGAUGCUCUUGCUGUCGGAUUCCUAUUGGGUCCACGAACGGCUUCAGCAGAACGCGAGUAGGAUGCAAGUCGUCACUUGUAACGAUCUCUCCCGCGAGGUGACAAUCAAAGCUAUCGUUGAGGAGCGCAGACGACUCUUCAAUGAAGCUGCUCACAUCAGUCAGCCAACGGCGGAAAAGCUCUUCGAGCUCAUAGGCGGUCGUGUGUCCUUCCUAACACCUCUUGUCGCUCAGCCGGAUAUGCUUCAGGCUGGACACGCAUUCAUAGACAGGCAGCGCGCUUGGCUCCUAUCGCGAUGCGGGCUCAUACCGGAGAUGGAUGACGAUGUAAUGGAUGAGCAGAAAUUUGCCUCGUGUUCCUUCUUACUCUUUCAAGCUCUGGCCAGAGAGCCCAGCAUACCCAUGUGGCGCGCGAGAGAGAUCAUGACCCGACCGGACUAUCUCCAUACGCUCGAUCUCAUGAACAUCAUUCACAUUGACGUUAAUCACAUCGUACGCGCGGAUUCACAGGCGAUGCUCAAUAUCUUCAAGGAGACGACAUCAGCCCCUCACUUUGCAAGCAAGCUCGCUCAGACUCGCGACAGGAUUGACGAGAUCGAAUCCCUUGGCCGAACGCGAGAGCUUCUGUGGAAGUAG